CCAAAUUCUCUCUUUCUUUCUCUCUCUCUCUCUCAAAACCUAACUCGAGAAGCUGCUGUUGUGGAGCCCAAAUCGGUCCAAACCUUUGCUGGAUUCACGCAUCUUUACUUUGUUUUUAAUCGCAAACUUGUCCGCCGACCAAGACCGACCUUAACUAUUCACUCAUCAAUCAUACCCACACAGGAACCGAAAUUAUCAAUUUCUACUACUGGGUUUUUAUCUCGAUCUGUUCAUCCAACUCUUUUCACUUCAGAUCUUCCUAAUUUCUCCAUUUCUUCAAAGUUAGUUCCCGAUUUGAAGAAAAAAAGGUGGGUGGAGGAGGGGAAAUGCUGUUCUGUGCUAAAUGAGGAGAAUUUGUGGGUUAAUUGUGUUGAAAUGAGGUAUGAUACCUGUGUUAAUGAACUUGCUAAGAGCUUGUUUCCAACCAAGAGCAGAUCGGUACGCUCAUCACUCUGGUUCAGAAUCAGUUGGUCGUCAAGAUGGUCUUUUGUGGUAUAAAGAUAUUGGACAACACUCUAAUGGUGAAUUCUCUAUGGCUGUAGUUCAAGCUAAUAAUUUGCUUGAAGAUCAAAGCCAACUCGAGUCUGGCUCUCUUAGCACACUCGAGUUGGGUCCUUAUGGAACUUUUAUUGGUGUUUAUGAUGGUCAUGGUGGACCAGAAACUUCAAGAUACAUCAAUCAACACCUUUUUCAACAUCUUAGAAGAUUUACAUCAGAGAAUCAAUCAAUGUCAGUGGAAGUAAUAAGGAAAGCAUUCGAAGCAACUGAAGAUGGGUUUUUGUCAGUUGUCGCUAAACAAUGGUCAGUGAAACCACAAAUUGCUUCGGUUGGAUCAUGCUGCCUAGUUGGGGUGAUUUGCAGUGGGAAUCUUUACAUUGCCAAUCUUGGCGAUUCUCGUGCUGUUUUGGGAAAGACUGUGAAAGCAACAGGGGAAGUUGUGGCGAUCCAGCUUUCAGCUGAGCACAACGUGGCUAUAGAGUCCGUUAGACAAGAGCUGCAAUCUUUGCACCCUAAUGACUCGCAGAUAGUAGUUCUAAAGCACAAUGUUUGGCGUGUGAAGGGACUUAUACAGAUUUCAAGGUCCAUAGGCGAUGUAUAUUUAAAGAAGGCUGAAUACAAUAGAGAGCCGUUGUAUGCCAAGUUUCGACUUCGUGAGCCAUUUAGUAGACCACUCUUGAGCUCAGACCCAACAAUCACGGUUCAUCAAAUCCAGCCAUAUGAUCAAUUUAUUAUUUUUGCAUCGGAUGGCCUCUGGGAGCAGUUAACCAACCAGGAGGCUGUUGAUUUCGUUAGAAACCAUCCUCGCAAUGGAAUUGCGAAAAGGUUGGUGAAAGCUGCACUGCAAGAAGCAGCGAAGAAGAGAGAAAUGAGAUACUCGGACUUGAAGAAGAUAGAUCGAGGGGUGAGAAGGCAUUUUCACGAUGACAUAACAGUUAUUGUUGUGUUUUUAGAUACGAAUAUGGUGAGCAGGGCUGGUUCAUUCAAGAGCCCUAACCUUUCGGUGAAGGGUGGUGGAGUAAGUCUUCCUUCUAAUACUCUGGCACCUUCUAAUUGAGAGAAGGUUUAAGGUUUUACUUGAAAUUCUGAAAUGCUGCUAGCUGAAAUAGUAGUACUAGUAGUAUAUGUAUUUGACUUUUGUUAUCUAAAAAAAUGUGAAUAUACUUUGGUGGUGGGAGCAGCAAUAAUUGUUUUAGAGUAACUUCUAUGUAACUGCUAGUAUUUUACUUUGGGUUUUUUUCUUGAUCCAAGAAAACUCAGUAUUUUACUACUUCAAUAUUCAGCUUGAAAUCUAGUGUU